CCUAAAAAAUUUGUACCUAGAAAUCGAAAUGUUUACAAGAUUAAACAAUGCAAAAUUAGCAAUAACCGUCGAAGCCUUCACUACAAAUUACACAAACCUUCAGGUAUACAGAUGGGGGAAAAAACCGCGAUGGCUACCGACUGCCAAAACGAAGAUGUUUCGAGUAGCUCCCAGGCCACAAAUACCGACGGAAGAUUACGAAGAACUAAAACGGCUACACAACAACUAUAGGACACAAAUAAAAUCUCUAACCGGCUAUUUCACGGAAAAAUAUUCCACAGAAAACAUUCAACAAUUCGAUAUAGAACAGCACGAGAAAAGCAUCAAGGACGACUUCUUAAAGUGUACGGCGAUCAACGACGAGUGGAAUCGGCAAAUUAAAAUUCAAAGAGAGGAAAGGGUGGCAAAGGAAUUGGAAGAAAGCGUCAACCUUGCCAAACAACGUUUAGAAGAACGACAACAGCGGCAGCUCCUCAAGUUGCAGGCGGCCGACGUAGAGGUACGUCGCGUAAUCGAGGACUCGAAGGAUUUUAUUACACCUGACAAAUUAGAUGCCGCGAUCGAAUAUGCGCUUAAUAAUCCAGUCGAUUACAAUUUUGCUUUAGAUUUAGAUGGAAAUGUAUAUAAAGGUAGAAACAAUGAUAGCGUAAAAUUUGAAAUCAAACAAUAAAUUAAUUAAACAAA